AUGUUGAUUGCAAAUCAAUCUUUGAACAAUGUCACAGCUGGGCAGCAGCAUCAGAGCUUACUGGAAAGAUUGUUGUUUUCCACUGUGACUACAGUGCCGUGCUGUGUCUUUCUCUUCAUUAAUGGGGUGAUGUUAUUCACCUUGAGGAGUAAAACUGUGUUUCGUGAGACGUCCCGUUACAUUCUUCUGUUUAACCUCCUUUUUGCAGACACUGUACAGAUGGCAUUAAGUCAGUUACUGUACCUACUGGCUGCUUGUAGAUUAACACUAACAUAUCCUGUAUGUGGUGUUCUUACCAUGCUCGCUGAUCUCACAAUCAAAAUCUCUCCUCUCACACUGAUGGUGAUGUCUCUGGAGAGAUAUGUGGCGGUGUGCUACCCACUGAGGCACUCUACCAUCGUCACCAUCAGAAACACAGCUGUGUCUAUCAUUGUGAUUUGGGCCUUCAGUUCACUAAAUAUUCUCAUACGAGUUGUGUUACUGUUAGAUUUUCCAUUUGAGGAACUGGAGAGCCUGCAGAUGACAGAUUUUUGCUCCCAAAUAUCCAUGUUUCUUGACCCAGUGUCUGAUUAUUAUGACAAAGCCUACACUUGUUUUCUGUUUGUAUCAUCUGGUUUGGCAGUCAUAAGCUCCUAUAUUGGUGUGCUGAUAGCAGCCAGGUCAGCCUCCACAGACAAAGAUUCAGCCCGAAGAGUUCGUAACACACUGCUGCUGCAUCUGGUGCAGCUGGGCCUCAGUCUUGUGUCGACUUUGCACAGCCUAAUGAUCGUAGCUAUUGCGAGAAUUGCAAAAAGGAUA